UCCCCAAACCCUUUGCAUACAAAAGAUUUCAUCCUCUUUCACGAAAACAUCUCAGUCACCACAAAAUCCUCUUCAACGUACCAAGAUAUUCCCAUAAGAGACUUUGUCAAUUCAAAUUCUCUAUCAUCUCUCUCAAGACAUCCUCAAUCAAUUCUAUCAACAAAUCUAAACCUCAGACUCUCUAAUCAUAAUGGAUUCUUUCGGAGCUCAACAAGGCGGUGCCCCAAACCGUGGAUGCUUUACCUGCGGAACUGAAGGUCACCAAGCCCGUGAAUGUCCAAGCCGUGGACCACCAAAGUGCUACAACUGCGACAACCCAGGUCAUUUGAGCCGUGAUUGCCCAGAGGGACCAAAGGAGAAGGUCUGCUACAGAUGCGGUACCUCCGGACACAUCUCCAAGGACUGCUCCAACCCACCAACUGAGGGUGCUGGACGUGGUGGCGGAUACGGAGGCGGAUACGGAGGUGGUGGUGGACAACAGUGCUACAAGUGCUCCAAGAUCGGCCACAUCGCCCGUAACUGUCCAGAGGCUGGUGGCUAUGGUGGAAACCAAGGUUACGGAGGUAACCAAGGUGGAUACGGUGGUGGAUUCGGUGGUGGUGCCCGUCAAGGAAGCCAAACCUGCUUCUCAUGUGGUGGUUACGGACAUCUUUCCCGUGACUGCACCCAAGGUCAAAAGUGCUACAACUGUGGUGAAGUCGGUCACUUGUCCCGUGACUGCAGCCAAGAGACUUCUGAGGCUCGUCGAUGCUACGAGUGCAAGCAAGAGGGUCACGAGAAGCUUGAUUGCCCUUUGAGAAAGAAGGCUUUCGGCCAAGAAUAAAUUUAAGUGCUUGAUGCACGGCACAUGACUACCUCGAGGUCGACUAUUCUACACAUUCACGGUUAGGAAUUAUGACGAAACGACAAAACCUUAGGGAUUUUUUUCGAAGACUAGUAAUUUCGUUCAAGGAUCACGGGAACAGAUAACCUCUUUGUAUAAUUGUACCGACUUUUUGCGACAACGGAAAAUUUGUCGCCUUUCAUUUUCUAUUUCCUUUUGAAAAGUAAAAUACCUAUUCCUCUUUUGGAGUCUUAUGCUGCGUUGCUUCCAUAUCUGAGUUUAGAGUUUGGCCCUUGCUUUUCCAACUUUCUAUCGGCACGGAUGGAUUCAAAAAAGUCAUAUCACUCAAAAUUUUGCGUUUUUUCUUAUUUAAUUUAUUUUGCGAAGGAUGAAGUUUCGAGGAUGAUCGAUGCUAAAUUCUCCAUGAAAUUUCCAUGAUGUGAAGGAAAGAAAGGAGAUUUAUGGAUUGCUGGAGCAUAUGAUUCAUGAGGCUACGACUUGAGUUAAGGAGAUUGGUAUCGAUGGAUAAAGAUAUCUGGUGGGCACUGUCAAGGGACACUGGAGAAGAAUGCAUGCGAGCGGUCGGAUAAAGUAAAGUGAAGUGCUUGAGAACAAGACCAAGAAUAAGAUUAAGAAAUGAAGUCAAGAUAUAUGAAGAGCGCAUUUGAUUGUUUUCAAUGCUGUCGUGAUGACAAUGUGAAGAAGAGCGUUUGGUGAAGAUGAUCAAGUGCGAAAGAAAAUUGAAAGUUGAGGAAUUGUGUGGUGAUAAGGAGCUACUUGAUGAAGAGGAGGGGGAAGGGCAAGAAGGAAGAAUGGGAACAUCCCUUUCUUUGUCUUCUGAAAUCUGCGUGAUUGAUCAGAGAGUGAUGUGAAACUUGGGCUUAAGAGUCCAUGUGUAGAGAAUGCCAUUUGUGGCCUUGGAUAGACAACAGAGUUGAUUUAUUGAGAUGGAUGGGUUUCGAUCAAAUGGAUGUGGAUAUGGAUACCAGGUAUUAUGUAUAAGGAAGGGAUGAAAGGGGGAAAGAGGGAUAUUAUCUCAGCAGUGAAUUGGAUUUCGGUACAUGUUGUUAAUGAUUUAUGGUGUGGUAUGGUGAUGGUGUGUACUUGGGUAUUUAUGUAUGUAGAUAUGUAGAUGUGUAGAGGUGGAGUUAGAGUUAGAGUUAGCUAAAGA